CUGGAUGUUGGUUUGAAAAGUAGCAAAAUCUUUCAACACGCCUCCAUUUAUCAUUUUCUUUUUUUUCCACUAAAUUUUCAUGUUUUUUUCUUUUGUCGUCUUUCUAUGAAGAAAGUUCCUCGACCUGGUGAAUCCGGGCCUGAGAUAGUUAUCCCUGAAGUUCUCUACUGGUCCCGCAGGCCGAAUGCAAAUUGGCUUGAUGAUAUAACUCCCUGUGGCCUCCUGACACCAGCGAUGACACGAGCUUGCACCAUGGCCUUUCAAGCAUGUCCAGGACAGCGACUCAUGCUCGCCAUGUACGACGUUGAGCUGCAGGUGAUUUGGCCUUGGGCUGCUUAUUGA